AUGUUCAACCCUCAAUUCACCACGAGAGUAACCUCGGGCGCUGCCCGUAGUACCCGGCUUCUCCGCCACUCCCGGCCAACUCAAAGACGCUUCCAGUCCACAGCCGCCACGGGCGGGAUGAAUUCAUCCCAUCUAAUGUCUGGCAUUGUGGGAGGAGCUGCCGGCGCGUCGCUGCUCUACGGAAUUUACCUAAUGACCCCCUCCGGGAAGAUGGUCCGCAAGAUCAACGCAGCGGCGAGGGAGACAGACAAGAAGUACCAGCAAGUGGCAGCGACAAUAAAAGACAAGACGCCGACGACGGACGAGGCUGUCAACAAGAUCAAGGAAGUCUGCUACUCAUAUGUGGCGUGGGUCCCUGGGGGCCGACAAUACGUCGACACUGCGUUCAAGGACUUUGACGCCAUCCGGGAGAGCCACGGCGAGGAGGUGGAUAAGAUUGUUAGCGAAACAUAUCGCGAGUUUCAGGGCAUUGUCAGCUCAGGGCUCAGCCUCGAGGCGCUAUCCAAAACCUAUGACGCCUUGACGAAUCUAGCCAAGAAGCUCGCCAACUUGAGCGGCAGCGCAGCCGAUCAAAUCCUCGAGCGCCACCCACAACUCAAAGACAAGGUCGGUGGGCCAAUCGAACAAAUGAAGCAGAUGGGUGCGCAAUACGGGCCCGAGGCCAAAAAGAUGGUGGAUGAGACGUGGAGCCAGAUCAACGAUGUUAUGGCUAGUGGCUUUUCCGCCGACAGUGCGGAGAAGAUCCGGAAGCUCAUCGACGACCGGAUGCAACAACUCCGCCGCAUCGGAGACGAUAUGUGGGAAAAGGGCAUGCAGCAAGUGAAGCCCUAUCUUGACAAGAAUCCUCGGGUCAAGGAGCUUGUUGAGAGCAACCGGGACAUUCUCAAAGAGGGAAAUGCAAUGGACCUGUUCAAGCAACUGAAGAGCCUGGGAGAGAGCGGCGACACAGGAAAGCUUGAAGACUACGUUAAACAAACGGUCGACAAGGCCAAGUCGUCAGGGAAAAGCAUGAAAGGUUCGGCGGCGGCCGUAGCAGGCGGCAGCGGUGGUUUCUCGGCGCUGGGACAGUUUCUGGGUGCAACUUCGGGCGGGUCGGGCGGUGGCCUGCAACAAAAUAUCGAAUUACUGACCGAGGUGAUGGAUAAGCAUGCGGACGAAGGCAAGCAACUGCUCGAGGAAACCAAGGAGGAUCUGAAGAAGGUGUUGCAGGAAAAGGCGAGCAAGGCACGAAAGAUUGUGGAAAGUGCUCAAAAAGCGCAAUGA